AUGAGUAAGAGACAGAGGCAUUCUAUUCAGAUCCCUGGAGUUUUAUUGGAUGAAAUUAAGAGGGAAGAUAGAUACGAUAAUGAUGAGAGGUUUUCUGGAAAGAGAGCGAAAAAGGAGAAAAGUGGGAGGAGUGAUAGGAAUUCUAGGAAGAGGAGUAAGGUGAAGGUGAAGGAGAAGGUGAAGGAAAGGGAGAAGGUGAAGGAGAAGGUGAGGGUUAAAGAGGAUGACAAAGGAGAAGAAGAUGAGAUUGGAUAUUAUGCGAGGAAGCUUGGAAUUGAUAAGAAAAAAGGGCUGCAUAAAGAGGAUGAAUUUGAUAGUGUAGGAGGGUUAUUGGAUGGGUUAGACUUCAUGGAGGAGGGUGGGGGUGGUGAGGAGGGUGGUGAGGAUAGUGAAGAGGAUAGUGAAGAGGAGGAGGAGGAGGAGGAGGAGGGUGACGACGAUAGCGACCUCGAUGACGAUAGCGACCUCGAUGACGACGAUAGAGAAUUACUCAAACAGAUGGCCGAGAUUGAAGACUCCUCGCAGUCCAAAGACUCACCUCCCAAUGACUUACCCCAUGAAAACCCAUACAUAGCACCAUCAUCCCAUUAUGUUCCUCCUGCUUUACGUAGACGUGAACAACCUCAAGAAUCACAGGAGAUGAUGGAGAUAAAGAGAGCUGUUAAAAGACCAUUCAACAAGCUCUCCGAACCUAAUAUGCUCAAUUGCGUCGAUGAAUUGGUUCAACUAUACAACAAUCAUCCUCGCCAGUUGGUAAAUGGGGCCAUAAUGCAGGUGAUACUGGAUUCUGUCACCAUCUCGACUCCUCUAUUAGAGUCUUUCCUCAUCCUAUACGCUUCUGCUGUUGUAGCCAUUUAUAGAAUGCAAGGAGUGGACUUUGGUGCCUAUUGCAUUCAAACCUUGAUUGAUAAGUUGAACGGAUACUUUGAUAGCGAUGUUGGAGGUUAUUCACCAGUUAAUUUGAUUGGUUUGAUUGGCUUUUGCUAUGAUUUCAACCUCAUGAGCUCUUCAUUAAUCUAUGAUAUUGUUUCUAAGAAGUUGUUAGUGAAACCAACUGAAAUAAAGGUCAAUAUGUUGUUAAAGUUGAUUCGUUCGUGUGGUCCCAAGAUGAGAUCUGAUGACACUGACGCUUUAAAAGAGAUUCUAGCGGAAUUGAACGAAUCAAUCAAAAACACAACAACCACCAGAACAAGGUUUUUGGUAGAAACCAUCACCAAUUUGAAGAAUAACAAGUUGAAGAGUCUGGAAAGUGAAAAUACUGGUCAAUUGUUAACCAGACUCAAGAAACAACUCGGAAAAUUGAACAACAACAGGAAUUCGGACCCUAUUAAAGUAUCACUCGAUGAUAUAGAGCAUGUUAAUGAUAGGGGAAAAUGGUGGUUGAUAGGAUCGGCAUGGAGUGGCAAACGGGAAGAUGUGAGUGCAGCGGGAGCAAGCGUAGACGACAUCUCAUUGGAUGAUACAUUUGCUGAUACAUUUGCUGAUUCACUUGAUUCUACAAACUGGCUUGAAAUCGCUAAAGAACAACGAAUGAAUACCGAUGUUAGAAGAGCCAUUUUUGUAUGUAUUAUGUCAGCCGACGAUUAUAUGGAUGCCUUUUCCAAGUUGAACAAGCUACGACUUAAACGGAUUCAAAACAGAGAGAUUCCUAACAUUUUGAUGCAUUGUGUCACUAUGGAAAGUGGAUUCAAUCCAUACUAUGGAUUCUUGGCUAAGAAGAUCUGCUCGGAUCACUCUAUGCGACGGACUUUACAGUUAAACCUCUGGGAUUUCCUCAAGGAAAUGGAUGGAGAAGAUGAUAGUAGCACUGGGUUGUUGGUAGAUGCGGAUGAUGAUGUUCGCCUGAUUAAGAUCUUGAACUUGGGACGAUUCUUUGGCUUUCUUAUAGGUGAAGGAGGAGAAUCACUUAACAUUUUGAGGACUGUAAACUUUCUAACUGCUUCUUCCGAUGUUAAGAUUUUCAUAGAGAUUAUGUUGAUUACCUUUUUGGAUACCAUUGGAAAGAAGUCCGUAGAGAAGUCGUUUGGAUCUGGGUUGCAAAAUAUACCUACUAAAGUUGAAGACUUAAAGUUCAGCAGUCAGCUAUUAAAUGAUAAGUUGGAAAAGUGCAAAGAGCAACCUCUACUUCUAAAGGGACUACGAUACUUUAUAACUAAUAACGUCAAGGGAAGUGAUCUGAUCAAGGGGAAGAAGCAAAGAAUCAGAGUGGACUGGGGAGUCGAAAUUAUGUGUGAUAUUAUAGAAGAGAUUCUACCCAAGAUGUAA